AUGCAUCAGGAAGCCCGUCAUCGUUGGGUAUCAUCAACAACUAAAACACUGCCCACGACUACAACAAUUGUUGAAACUCUUGAACCAUUUCCGUAUCCAAAUCUUAAUAAUAAUAAUUCAUCAUCAUCAUCGUUUUUUUUACCAUUAACUAUUAUGUCGAACGGACGUGAUCGUACAAGUGAAUUUCAAACAACAGUAAAAACAUUUGCUAGUAGACGAAAUGGUCUUGAUGGUCCUCAUCAUAGUUCAAUUAAUCGUCGUCAACAUCCUCAAACAGCUGUAGAACAACGUGGUAUAUUUAUGCAACAAGCAAAAAGAAUUGGUCAUGAUUUAUCACAAACAUUUCUCAAAUUAGAACAAUUAUCAUUAAUUGCUAAACAAUCAUCAUUAUUUAAUGAUAAAUCAAUGGAAAUACAAGAUUUAACAUUAUCAAUCAAACAAGAUAUUAGUAAUUUAAAUCGACAAAUUGCACAACUUCAACAAUAUAUGCAAGAUACACAUGGAUCAAAAUCGAAAAAUUCUCAAACACAUUCCAAUUCAGUUGUUUUUGUUUUACAAUCCAAAUUAGCUACUAUGUCCAAUGAUUUUAAACAAGUUCUGGAAGCUCGAACUCAAAAUUUAAAAGACCAAAAAACACGUCGAGAUAAUUUUUCACGUAAUACAGUUGCCUCAUCUUUAACUGCUGCUCCAUCAGCUAUCAAUGGUCGUCCAUCUGUACUUUUUCGUGAGGAUAAUCGUACGACUAAUGGAGGUGAUGCUGUUAUUAAUAUGGGUUCAGAUGGAAUGCAUAGUCCUUCUAUGAGACAACAAUUACAAGUUAUUGAUGAAACGGAUACAUAUUUGGCAAAUCGUUCGGAAGCAAUGCAAAAUAUAGAACAAACAAUAAUUGAACUUGGCGAUAUUUUUACACAAUUAGCUACAAUGGUACGACAACAAGAAGAACUUGUUCAUAGAAUUGAUGCUAAUGUUGAUGAAGCAACACAUCAUAUUGAAGGUGCACAUACAGAAUUACUUAAAUAUCUUCGUUCAGUAACAUCGAAUCGAUGGCUUAUUAUCAAAGUUUUUGCUGUGUUGAUUAUAUUUUUUCUUAUUUUUAUCGUUUUUCUUGCUUGA